GGAGCCUCGAUCCCAGUACUGUUGUGUUUUCCAGUAUGGGCGGCGUGCCAUUAAUGGCACCCGCCCGUGGGUCUGCAUUUCUCUGUAUUUUGGUGUGGAUCCGCAACGGCACCACCCGCACAGAUGUGAACCUAGGGUCAGCGGUAGGCAACCUGCGGCUCUCUAGCUGUUGUGGAACUACAUUUUCCCAUGAGGCAUAGCAACAUUACAAAACUAUCAGUUACAGCUAUGACUUGCAGAGGCAUGAUGGAACUUGUAGUCCUGCAACAACUGGGGAGCUGCAGGUUGCCUACCCC